AUGUUAGAAUUUCAAAUACCUAUUCACUUUGAAGAUAUAUCUUUAGUAUCAAAUGAUAAAUAUACAUGUUUAUUAUACAGAAACUCAAUUAAAAUGUACAUGUAUUUUAUUGAACAUUAUAUUUCUUAUCAAAUUGCAAAUCAUUCAAAUAGCGGCACAACAGCACCAACAAUAACAAAUGCAAUUGAAAAUAGUGAAGAAGAUGAGAUUAUUAAAUCAAAAAAACCAAGUAGAUCAAAAAAAUCAACUUCCACUGUGACAUCAAAAUCUAAGAAAUCGACUACUAUUGAAUUAUUUGAAAAGGACGAAGAUAAAAUAUUAAUUUUGACCAGUAUAAUCAAUUUAUUAGAAUUAAAUCUAUCACAAAUAUGGAGACUGGAGUACCCAGAAGAAGAGUUUAUCAAUUUAAUAUCAAAGAUUGCCUAUGGAAUGUUUGAACAAAUCCAUAAUUUGCGUAAUAAGGGUAUAAAGAAUUUAAUUUUUCAAAUUUUAGCAAUAUUAAUUUUAAAGUACAAUCACUCAUUCAACUUUACUGGUAAAAUCAUCAACUUGUUGCAUACCAAUGAAGCAUUGUCAAUUCAUUGUGCUGAUCUUUAUAAAUUUAUUCAACAAUUCCAUAGACGUCAACAACGUAAUGAAAAACUUCAAAGGAUUCAAAAUGGUCAACCAUCUCAGAUGACAAUUGAAAAGAACAAAUCUACAUUUUUAAUCUCUGAUGUAAUUAGGGAGAUUGGUAAACAAAAAGAUCAAAGAGAUACCAGCGGUUUUAAAAAUCUGGCAAAGUUUUUAUCAGAGUUAACGGAACGUCUACCCAAGUCAGUUUUACCAUUUAUAAGUUUAUUAGUUGUACAUUUAGAUUCUGAGUCAUAUUUAAUGCGUAAUGCCGUAACCGAGUCUAUUGGUUUUUUAAUUGGAAAAGCAUUAGGUGAAGAUGAAGGCAAUGGAACAAAUAGCGAUAACGAAGAAAAAAAAAUCAAAAAAGAAGAAGAUAGAAAGAAAAAAGAGAAUGACAAACAGGAUUUAUUAAAUAUUUUAUUUGACCGUGUAAGAGAUGUCAAUGGCUAUUGUAGAAGCAGUGUAUUAAAGACCUUAUCACUUUUAGUUGUAAAUAAUUGGGUAUCCUCAAAAGAUCUUUUGAACCAGUAUCUGGAGAUAACUAAAGUUGCAAUUGAAAGAUUAUCAGACAAGAAUGUUCAAGUUAGAAAAAGAGCCAUACUUCUCUUACUGAACCUUUUAGACUCAAAUCCAUACAAUGACAACCUCUCAAUGGAAUUAUUUAAAGAAAAAAAAGAUAGAUUAGACUCAUUAAUCAAUGUCUCCGUUCAAAUUUUAAGAAAACAAAAAGAAAAAGAUCGACAACAACAGAAUGGUUCUAUUGUAAAUGCAGGCGAUGUAGUAUUAUCACAACAAGUCCCAGAAGACGAUGAGUUACCAAACUAUGAAGAAGGGCAGGCUAAACAAGAGUAUCCAACUGAAGAAGACGAAAAACUUGAAGAUGAUUUUGUUUACAGAAAUAUAAAAAUCAAUGGAGAGCAAUUUUUUAAUAUUAUUUCAAAAUUAAGACCAUUUGAAGGAAUCAAAAUUUUUAAACCAGAUCGUUUGCCAUCCUAUGUAUCACAUUUAACUACAUAUCUUAGCCAGUCAAUUAAAUUCAUUAAAAUGAUCAACCAGGCAAUGGACACAAUUUAUCAAUUAAUGGGAAGCACGAGUUCAUUCGAUGUUAUCGAAUCAAUCCAUUUCAUUGAAGUAUCACAUAAAUUUAAAAUCGAUAAAUCAAAAGAAGCAACAAAUAAAAUGUUAUCCCUAAUUUGGAAUAAAGAGCCAUCAAUUAAAGAAGAAUCAAUCAAAGCAUUCAACGAAUUGCUAAUUAACGAACCAAAGAUUAGCGAACCAAAUUCACAUUCUAGAGCUUGUUGGUUAAUAGCAAAAAACUUAAUUGGUCAAACUUUAAGUGCCACUCUUGGCGAAACCACAUCGUUAGAAGAACUAAUCAUUGAAUUUAUGAAAAAGAAAUUGAUAGACCAAGAUGUCAUUAGAGUUUUAUGGGAUAUCUUUUUAAACAAAUCACCCCCAAAGAAUAUUCAAAUUUCCAAAUACGAUAGACGUGGUGCUUUAAUUAUACUUUCAAUGGCAGCUAACGUAGAUUCGACUAUUGUUAAAGAUAAAAUAGAUGCAUUAAUUCACCUUGGCUUAGAAAAUAAAACUGAUGACUAUCUACCGCGUUAUGCAUGCAUUACCUUACAGAAAUUAAGAUCAAAGCAACAACACUCCUCAUCAGCUAAUCCAACAUCAAAAUCAAAUGAACCAACUAUACAACCAAGAUUUAAAAACAAUCAACAUUUAUUUGAACGUUUAGUUUAUUAUAUAACACAACCAUUAAACAAAAUAACAGAUGAUAGUAACGAAAAUAUCAACAACAACAAGUGGUAUAUGUUUACAGAACAAGCUAUAAAUACUAUUUAUAUUUUAUCAGAACAACCAGAUAUUAUUGCAAGUGAUAUUAUUAAAACAAUUUCAAAACAAAUUAAUUUAACCUUAACCAAUGGUGCUCUAAGUGAAAUUGAUUCUUUAACUCUUUCAAGAUUUAUAUUUGUAUUAGGUCAUAUUGCAGUUAAACAAUUAGUUUAUGUCGAAGAGAUUGAAAGCGAAAAGAAAAGAGCCAAAUAUCAACAAUCAUUAAAUGAAAAGCAAAAGGCAACCACAUCAAAGAAAUCAUCACUCGAAAAAGAAUUGGGUACAGAUCAAGCAGAAGCAGAAACUGAAGCAGAGCAAAUCCAACAACAAGCCGAAGCAGAUAUUUUAUCUGAUAACAAUUUAAUUGGUCUAUACAAACCACUGGUAAUAGCAAUUUGUUCAAAUGUAAAUAAUUUAUUCGAUCAAGAAUCACUUCAAACAAGUGCAGUUUUAACACUCUCAAAAUUUAUGAGUGUUGAUCCAAAUUUUUGUGAACAAAAUCUUCAAUUACUUUUUACCCUUUUAGAAACUUGCGAAACAGAAGUUAUUAGAUCAAAUAUUAUUAUUGGUUUGGGUGAUUUAGCAUUUAGAUUCCCAAAUUUAGUUGAACCAUGGACAUCGAAAAUCUAUAGUAGACUUAGAGAUCCUGAUCCAAAAGCAAGAAAAAAUUCAUUAAUGGUUUUAACUCAUUUAAUUUUAAAUGAUAUGAUUAAAGUAAAAGGUCAAAUUAGUGAAAUGGCAAUUUGUUUAGAAGAUCCAGAUUCAAGGAUUUCAGAUAUUGCAAAAUUAUUCUUUACAACAUUAUCAUCAAAAGGCAAUAACCUAUAUAACUCAUUACCAGAUAUUAUCGGAAAAAUAACAAGCAGCAGUAAUAUUACCUCAUCCUCUUCUACACCAUUACCUCAAUCACCACCCAUAAAUCCCACAUCUUCACCCACCUUAUCAAAUAUUUCAAGCACACAAAGUAAUAGUAAUAUUUUACCAAUCCAAAAAGAAUCAAUCAAAAACAUUUUAAAGUAUUUAUUCUCUUUUAUUGAAAAAGAUAAACAGAAUGAAACAUUAAUUGAAAAAUUAAUACUCCGUUUUAAAGUGUCCAAAACAAUAUUCGAAUCUCAAAAUAUUUCAUAUUGCCUUCAACUAUUAAAUUUUAACGAAAAAAGCUUAAAAAAACUAUUGGAACAUUUCAAACUUUAUCAAGACAAGCUGUUUGAUAAUGAAGUAUACAAUAACCUUUUGUUAGUGAUUAGUAAAACCAAAAAACAUCAAACCUUUUCGAAAUCAAACGAAAUUAAACAAAUUUUAGACGAGUUAGAAAAUAAAAUCGAAUCAACAAGAAAUCAGACAAAUAACCCUGGUGAAGAUAGUAUGGAACAAGAUAUUGCAAAACCAACUCCCUCAAAACCCUCAAAAAAAGCACCUGCCAAAAAGAAAGUUUCAGCAAAAGCAUCUUCAAAAACCCCAACUAAAAAAACAAUAAAUAAAAAGAAUGACAGUAGCGAAGAACACAGUGAAUCGGGUCAAUCUGAAAGCGACAAAAUGGAUAUUUCUUCAGACGAAGGAAUAAGUACAAAAAAAACAAUAACCACACCAAGAAUGCCAACUAGACAAGUUAAAACCCCAAUUAGAAAACAAAUUAAAAAAAUUGAAUCAAGUAGUGAAGAUGACAAUAGUGAAAGUGAAAGUGAAAGCGAAAGUGACAAUAGAGAAAGUAUCAAUAGCGAAAGUGAUUCGGAUUCGACAUCAGAAACAAUUAAAAAAUCAAUUAAAAAACCAGUUUCAAAAAAGCCACCCGCUUCAAAAAAACCACCUGCCCCAAAAAAGCCUGCCGCAAAAAGAUUAAGAAAAAUUCAACAAUCAGAAUCUGAUUCUGAUUCUGAAUCUAAUGAAUCUGAUUCAUUUGAAACUGAUGAUUAAAUUAUUAAACACUAUAAAAACAAAAAUUAAAAUGUAAAUAAAUGUAUACCCCCAAAUUUUUUAAUUU